AAAAACAUGUUAAAACUUUAUUUCGAGGUUAUGAAAGUAAGGUUUGUUGAAGGAACAAUUUAAAAAGCGUUACAUUUCAUACAGCGAAGUGAGAAAUGACACAUGGUGCAUUUCAAAUCAAUACGUGUAAGGUUUAUUUACUUUUUCAUUACUAAAACAUUUUUUUAAAAGCUCAAUGCGUCCCCCACUCGCUUCGAGACGGCGCGCGAUAAAUUAAAGAAAUGUCCACUGCUAUCUUGGAACAAAUAAAACACGGGCAAUAAACCUAGGAGAUUGAUUUGGCGUGCUUUUCGUAAAAGGAUGAAAAGAAAAUAUCAGUCAAUAAGCUUCUCUUUGUUUAUUCUAUAUAUUAAUCCCAUUCCGGUAUUUUUGUUUUAAUAAAAGCGGCUUGAAAACUAAAGUUGCAUAAGCAAUAUAAUAAGUGCAUAAAAUAUUGUAUUUUGUCGAUUAAUUUUUUUAGGGUUGUGUGUUAAACGUAUAAUUCCUGUGCACAAGAACAGAUAACAGUUAGUAAAGAAAUACAGAGGGAAAAAUCAAGUUGGUCUUUAUAAUAGUCAAAAUUGAAACAAAUUGAAAUCAUGGUUAAAAUUUUUUUAUAUCUUUUCAGACAAAAACACCAAUAUUUAUCCGUUUUCAUAAUAGAAUGCCAAAAGCCAUUUCAUAAACCUUAUCGUUUGUUGGCUUUUGUAUGGUGUCAUCAAACGCACUCUUAAAUUUUUAAUUCGAAAAACCCAUAAAGAGAAGGCAAAUGAAAGCGUUUUAACAGGUAAUCGUUUCCUUAAUUCACUUCAUUUAUUGUUUUUCAAUUAAAUGCAAGUAUUAUGAACCUUUCAGGUAUAACCGUUAAGAAGCAUUUAAAACCUUAUUUUUAAGAUAGCAAUAAUGAUAUGGUUCAGGGUUUUUUUGGUUUUAAAAAAGCGGCCUUGCCAGCGACCACAUAUCCGUAGAUCAAAGACAUUAUGAGUUUGACAUUGACAGUCCAGUUUUAAUGAAAUUAAAUUUCCCGUCUUGGUAGCUUCGUGUGUUUGUUGUCUUCUAACGUAAGGUUUGUCGUUAAUAUCAGGGACUUUAGUUUUAUGAAGUUUACCAGCUUUAGUUUGUUUUACACAGAAAGCCACACUUAUUAAAAAUGUUUAAAUCGCUUCGUUUAAUCAACUGUUGUCAUGUAUAAUCUUGGAACGAAGCUCGCUUUGCAUUAUUGGUAAGAGGAAGCUUUAAAUGUCUUUAUGGAAAAGGACAAUUAUAAUUCUACACAACAAUUAAAAAUACCAAAUAAUUCUCAUUACAUGUUAGACGGGCUUUUAUCAUGGUAAUAUUUUAUAAAUAUUUAAAAGGCUGUAAGGAAUAACACAGUUCUCUCAAAAAUAUUUGGAUUUUGGUGUAAAUAUAAAAGAUCAUGUAUAUCCCAUCAAUUUUUUCUGCAGUUUAUGCCUUCCUUCCUUAAAGAAAUCAAUUUUGAAAGCGCCAAGGUUGAAAAUUUUAUACUAUUGGAAUUCAGGGCAUAACGAGUAGUUGUAAUAAGAUUGUUGAGUAUAUUCACACGAAACUUUUAGGCUAAAGAGGAUUAAAAACCCGUUUAGAUAGGGGCGGUUUUAUUUACCACCCUGAAAAUACAUUUUUAAACACUUCUGGCAUGUGAGCACUUGAUUUGUCAAUGCAGCGUUCUCUCUAACCUGCUAUAAACCUUCAUGCAAGAUAUGGUGCGUAGCCGGAAAACCCGUAAUGGAAUAUUUGAUAGCAAAACAUUGGAUGCUUCUAAAUAUAUAAGACAAAGUGUGCAAAAUAAAUAACAUUUUUUUUAAAAAGUGUGAUCAUUUGGAUAAUCAAAACGAACGAAAGAAAGUGAAGCUCGAUUUUGAAAAAAAAAAAAAACUUUUUCACAUCCUUUUUGAUGUCAUCACCAGAUUCGGUAUUUCAUUAUUUAUGCCUUGGAUAUUAAAGCGUAAGAAAUUCUAGAGUUCUUAUAUUCUUUGUAAAGACAGGUAAGUAAAGUGUUGAGAUGUGCUUUUAAGUGAAGUUUCUUGUAACAGUGGCGAUCAGUAGCCGCCCAACUGAUAUUUCUUAUUAUUUGUAUUUCAGUUGCAGUUUUCUUUGAAUAAGAGUACAAACCAUGUUAAGGCGUCCCCUAUUGUUGGUACUUUUUACCGUAUUUUCUACUCUAUAUGCGAAAGAUCUGCGUGGCGUAUCGCCGCCGACAAAUGAAAGCGAGGCUGAAGUGAGUUCCGGAGACGACGAGGGCCCAUCGGAGCCUGUCACCAUCGACCCUGAAGAUUGCAAGGAUAAGGGAAAAGACUGCGAAUCCCUUGCUGAUGAGGGAAAUUGCCUGAAAAAGUUGAACUACGCAGUGGGUAACUGCCCUUGGACGUGCAGAUUCUGCAAGAAGGAGAACGGAGACUCGAAAAAGUGCAAGGAUUUGGCAGGAGAAAGACAUUGCAAUGGAUGGAAGGUGAAGGGUGACUGCGUGAGGCUUCCUGACUACAUGAUGCAGAACUGCAAACUCAGCUGUGAGCUGUGUGGACCCGAGACAAGGUUCAAGUACACUGAUGAGGAUGUCCGCUGUCCAGAGUGGGCUCAAGCGGGCUACUGCUCCACCAACACCGACAUCAACCUAAAGUGCCCCCAUAGCUGUCGUAAAUACAAGCAAAGGGCCCCCGCCAGUACUCCCUACCCCUACCCCGUGGAGGCUCUCCACCCCUAUCAGUACAGGGUGGUGCUACCAAGCGUCACCAUCCUACAGACAACAACAGCUGCGCCUUCCACACAACCAGCUGAGACUACAAAAGCUCCACCUAACACUGCAGCUCCUACGGCAGCACCUACUCCAGCCCCCACCCCGGCACCCGCACCCGCUCCCACCCCGGCACCUGCACCCGCCCCCACCCCGGCACCUGCACCCGCUCCUGCCACCACCCCUGCACCUGCCCCGGUACCCCCCGCACCCGCUCCCGCACCCGCUCCUCCCGCACCCGCUCCUGCUCCAGCACCUCCGGCCCCUCCGGUAGCACCUGCUCCACAGACAGCACCCUUGGCGGGCUCCCCGCCUGAGUCUACCCCAGAAGAGCAAGACGAUAACUCGGCAGAUGAGUCAACUGAGCUAGAAGCUGGGGAAGAUGGAGGGGAGUUAUGUGAUGAGAAACACUCGAGUCAGCAGUAAUGUUGUAAAACCGCCAAUUUAGGGGAAGAAGGUAAAAUCUUUAGCGAAUUGACAGUGUAGAAAAUGCUGGUGAUCGUGACAGAAACCCAAACGUUUAUGUGAGUAACAUAUUUUCGAUGUUGAUGAAAUAAAAAAUAUUUUCUUGGUA